CCCGUAUAAGUUGCCAGCCACACACCGAGAACCGAUCCCAAUUGACAAACUCCCAAGGGAUCGUGUAGCCAGUGCCCAUAAUGUUACACUUGCUCAUCUUUCUCCUGCUGGCCCUCGGUGACUUUUCAGCCGCCAAAGAUGUCGUCUACAAUUUCAAUGUCACAUGGGUGACAGCGAACCCAGACGGCCUGGCCGAGCGCAAGGUUGUGGGCAUCAAUGGCCAAUGGCCGCUUCCUAUUAUCGAGGUUGACAAGGGCGACCAGUUGAUUGUCAACAUGUACAAUGGCUUAGGCGACAAGAGUACCAGCAUACACUUUCAUGGCAUGUUCCAAAAUGGGACGAAUGACAUGGAUGGAGCUUCGAUGGUGACCCAGUGCCCUAUUCCACCUGGGUCGAGCUUCACAUAUAACUUCACCGUCAAUCAGCACGGAACCUACUGGUAUCACUGUCAUACAGAUUACUGCUAUCCAGACGGAUACCGCCAGGCACUCAUUGUCCACGAUAAAGAUGCGUACUUCGCCCAUCAAUACGAUGAGGAGCUUUCUGUCACCUUGUCUGAUUGGUACCACGACAUGAUGGAGGACAUCAAGCCCAAAUUCAUGUCACUGUACAACCCAACAGGAGCGGAACCGAUUCCGAAUGCGUUUCUGUUCAACGACACGACCAAUCUCAGCCUUUCUGUGAAGCCGAACACGACAUACCUGCUCCGACUUAUAAACACUGGUGCCUUUGUCUCACAAUACUUCUAUAUCGAAGAUCACACCUUCAAAAUCGUUGAGAUCGACGGCGUCUACACUGAACCGACCGAGGCCGAUACCUUGUACAUUUCAGUAGCUCAGCGGUAUGCAGUGCUGCUCACGACGAAGAAUACCACCGAUAAGAAUUACCCGAUAGUCACCGUGGCUGAUUCCACGCUGCUUGACACGAUACCUUCAGAUCUACGACUCAAUUCUACCAGCUGGCUAGAAUACGAUGGCUCGGCACCUCAUCCGCAAGCCGACAUCACCGUCGCUGAAUCGUCAGACCUUGUUCCUAUCGACGAUAGCACACUUGUUCCUUACGACCAUAUGCCGUUGCUAGAGAACCCGGUGUUAUCAAUCCAGCUGGACGUGGUCAUGGGCAUGCUCGACACUGGCAAGGGCUACGCUUUCCUCAACGACAUCAGCUAUACGGCGCCAAAGGUGCCGACACUGUAUACUGCCUUGUCUGCGGGCAAUCAGACGACCGAUGCAACCGUCUACGGCGAGUUUACGCACCCGAUGGUGCUAGGCCAUCAUGACGUGGUCGAGAUUAUUAUGAAUAACAACGAUUCGGGCGCGCACCCAUUCCAUCUGCACGGCCACAACUUCCAGGUUCUGACGCGGUUUCCCAGUUAUGGUGCAGACUUUUUUGAACUGAAGGGUGGUGACCCGGUUCCAUACGAUCCAUCUAAUCACUCGGCCUUCCCGGCAUAUCCACCGAGACGAGAUACCCUCGUCCUACCACCACAGGGACAUUUCGUGAUCCGUUUCGUAGCGGACAACCCCGGAGUCUGGAUUUUCCAUUGUCACAUCGACUGGCAUCUGGCACAGGGAUUGGGAAUGUUAUUCAUCGAAGCGCCAACUCAGCUUCAAGAGCAAAUGACCAUCCCAGCCGACCACCUAGCCGCAUGCAGUGCUGGGGGGAUUCAAUCAAAGGGCAAUGCCGCGGGCAACACGGAAGAUUACACCAAUCUCAAGGGCCAGAAUGUGCAGCCAGGAUGGAUUCCGGACGGAUUUACGGCACGAGGUAUCGUUUCGAUGGUGUUUACCGUAUUGUCGGCGGUGCUUGGGAUGGGGUCGAUCGUGUUGUAUGGCUUGUCGGAUCUCAAGUUUUCGAGUACGGGUUCGACGGAUGGGCAGGACGUAAGCGACGAGUAUCGUGAUUAGAAGUGUUGGUUUCGGGAUUUUAUCUAUUCGCAGGUUACGUGUUGAUGAUACCCUAAAAUGAAAAAGGUCAUUGAAUU